CAGCUACUAAAACACUCAUAUACUAAAAAUUCUCCCCCAUGGAAUUCUUCAAUCUCCUUUUACUCUCUUUUCCGCCCUGUCUUCUCCUCUCACUCCUCCUCCUGCUGCGGCGGCGCCGGUUAGAUCUCGGGAAGGGACGCCGCCUCCCGCCGGGCAGCCUCGGGCUGCCCUUCAUCGGGGAGACGCUCCAGCUCAUCUCCGCAUACAGGACGGAGAACCCGGAGCCGUUCGUGGACGAGAGGGUGUCCCGGUACGGCGCCGUUUUCACGACGCACAUAUUCGGGGAGCCGACGGUUUUCUCGGUCGACCCGGAGGUGAACCGGUUCGUGCUCCAGAACGAGGGCCGGCUCUUCGAGGCGAGUUACCCCGGUUCGAUAUCGAACUUGCUGGGGAGGUAUUCGCUGGUUCUGAUGAGCGGGAGCCUUCACAAAAGGAUGCACUCGUUGACCAUGAGCUUCGUCAACUCCUCCGCCAUGAAAGAGUAUUUGCUGCUUGAUAUUGACCGGUUGGUCCGGUUGAAUAUGGAUUCCUGGACCGGCCGGAUCCUCCUCACCGAGGAGACCAAGAAGAUAACGUUUCAACUAAUGGUGAAGCAGCUGAUGAGCAUAGAUCCAUGCGAGUGGACAGAGGAGCUAAUGAAAGAGUACAUGCUUCUCAUUGAUGGCUUCUUCACUCUUCCUUCCACUCUCUUCUCCCCCACUUACCGCAAAGCUAUUCUGGCAAGGAAAAAGGUAGCGGGGGCGUUGAAUGAGGUGGUGAUUGAGAGGAGAAAGGAGAGAGAGUGGAGAGGGGAGAGAAAGAACGACAUGUUAGAAGCACUGUUGGAAGGAGACGGCGGCGGCGGAGGGGAAUUCACGGACGAGGAAAUAGUGGAUUUCAUGGUGGCGUUGUUGGUGGCGGGGUACGAGACCACCUCCACCAUCAUGACGGUCGUCGUCAAAUUCCUCACCGAGACCCCCUCUGCUUUGGCUCAACUCAAGAAAGAACAUGAAGACAUCAGGCUAAGGAAAGGCGAGGCUCAGGAGCUGGAAUGGGGCGACUACAAGUCCAUGCCUUUUACCCAAUGUGUUAUAAACGAGACGCUUCGGGUCGCAAACAUAAUUGGUGGAGUAUUUAGGCGCGCGACGACAGAUGUUGAUGUCAAAGGUUACACAAUCCCCAAAGGAUUCAAAGUUUUUGCUUCCUUUCGAGGAGUGCAUCUCGAUCAGGACUUGUUCGAAGAUGCGAGGUCUUUUAACCCAUGGAGGUGGCAAAGUAACGAAGGACCGACGAGUGCAUUCAUGGCAUUUGGUGGUGGGCCUAGGCGUUGUCCCGGGUACGAGCUUGCAAGGGUGGAGCUCUCCGUCUUCCUCCACCACCUAAUCACGUGUUUUAGUUGGACGCCUGCGGAGGAGGACAAGUUGGUUUUCUUCCCGACAACUCGGAUGCUAAAACGGUGUCCCCUCUUGGUACAAAAGAAGAAAGAUUUAGGCUUAAAUGAGGAGAGGAGAUGAUGAUAAUCAGUGGAAGCAAGCUAGCCAAUAAAAGAGAUGAAGUUUAGAGUAGAUAUAUAUAUGUACAUUUUAUACUAUGUAUGUAUAGUAGAUCAAUAUGAUGGUUUGUACACCAACUCCGAUAAACACAAUAUUUAUAUGCCUCCUAUAUUCCUUGGUAAAAGUUAGGGUCAUAAAAAGUCAUAUUUAGCAUAUACGGAGUACCAAGUAUUAAAACCUUAUUAAUUUGGGUGAAAAAAUGGUCUAAAAAACGUUAAAUUUUUAAGUGAUGAUUUUCUUUUUCUUUUUCCAAAUAACUUUUUGGCAUCCAU